GGCCAGCUGGCGCAACCGUUUGUAAUCGAUAUCGAUUCUCCGCCCAGUUCUUGGGGCCUAAUAAAAAAAGCCCAUCAGUCGUGUUUUGCAUUGUGUAUUUUCGAUUUGCUUGUUUACCCAAACGUCUCUCCUCUAGCUGUAAAUAUCACCGCAUCGGGAUAAGGAUGAAUUCAUAGGAUCGUCGGCGGGAACGGCACAGUCACUGCAAGAACAAUUCGCACAGUGUGAAGUGGAGCCAUACAGGGUGUUCCCUGCGAAAUGGGUCGCAACAACUUUAGUUCGCAACACCAACAGACUCAUGUGAGGCGCCAUCGGCAUGAAAAUGCUGGCGGUGCAACAACAAAUUCACAAAACGCAGCAAAGCCUACGCUAACAAUGACGGACUACCUGUCGCUGCACUCGCGACUCGCCCAGGUGGGCCAGGAGCACUUGUUAAAGUUUUGGCCGGAGCUAUCAAAUGACGAACGUGCAGAACUGGCGCGGGACAUCAAGGAGCUGAAUCUGGACGAGAUCAAGUUUUACUUCGAUCGGGCUACUGUCUCUAUGAACGAAAAUGGCAUUAAGCUGGACGAUCGUCUGCAGCCGCUACCUGAGGGCAAGCUCAUCUCAAUCGCAAGGACGCCGUUGGAGAAGGUGGCCGCCUACCGGGAUGAGGGUCUUCAGCAGAUCAGCAAUGGACAUGUCGCUGUGUUGCUAAUGGCUGGCGGACAAGGCACACGACUUGGCUUCGAUCACCCCAAGGGAAUGUAUGACGUGGGGCUUCAGUCCCGGAAGACCCUGUUCCGCAUUCAAGCCGAGCGAAUCCUAAAGCUGGAGGAGCUGGCCCAGGAGGCAAACGGCAAACGAGGUCACAUCACUUGGUACAUAAUGACGUCGGAGCACACAGUGCAACCCACUUAUGACUACUUCGUGGCCAACAACUUCUUCGGCCUGAAGGCGGAGAACGUGCUACUGUUCGAGCAGGGAUCGCUGCCGUGUUUCGAAUACGAUGGACGCAUCAUUCUGGACGAGAAGCACAGGAUCGCGAGAGCCCCAGAUGGAAACGGAGGAAUCUAUCGGGCGAUGAAGCGCCAGGGGAUACUGGACGACAUGCAGAAGCGGGGUGUAUUAUAUCUGCACGCCCACAGCGUGGACAACAUACUAAUUAAGGUGGCCGAUCCCGUCUUUAUUGGCUAUUGUGUACAAGAGAAGGCCGAAUGCGCUGCAAAGGUGGUAGAGAAGGCGGCGCCAAAUGAGGCAGUCGGCGUGGUGGCCAUUGUGGAUGGAAAAUACCAAGUGGUGGAGUACAGCGAGAUCUCGGCCAAGACAGCCGAGAUGCGGAACUCGGACGGCAGGCUGACCUUCAGUGCAGGAAACAUCUGCAACCAUUUCUUUAGCUCAAACUUCCUGCAAAAGAUAGGCACCACGUUUGAACAGGAGCUGAAGCUGCAUGUGGCCAAAAAGAAGAUUCCUUUCGUGGAUAACGCCGGCAAGCGGCUGACCCCCGAAAAGCCCAACGGAAUUAAGAUUGAGAAGUUUGUCUUUGAUGUGUUCGAGUUCGCUCAGAAGUUCGUGGCCAUGGAAGUCCCACGCGACGAGGAGUUCAGCGCCUUGAAGAACUCUGAUGUGGCCGGCAAGGAUUGCCCCAGCACUGCCCGAUCAGACCUUCAUCGACUGCACAAGAAAUAUAUUGAAAGUGCCGGCGGCAUAGUGCAUGGCGAAGUCUGCGAGAUUUCGCCAUUCAUCACAUACGCCGGGGAGAAUCUCGCCUCGCAGGUUGAGGGCAAAUCGUUCACCAGUCCCGUCUAUCUCCGGGACACCCGCGAUCCCAUGCAUGGACACCUCUAAUCAGGGGCAUUUGCGAAGCAUAGACUGAUGGACGGAUGGUAGUUGUUUCGGUUAUUUGUAAAUUAUUCGUUUACCGUUUUUGAACGUUGUAAUUCCCAAGCUAAAGUUAGUGCACAGAAAUUCCACUGAUUUCAGUACUUAAAGGAGACUUGUAAAAAUUUGUUACCUAUUGUGUCCGUUGUUUUUUUCGUUUUGAAAAUAAUUGUGCAAUCGUAAUGUGAAUAUAUACAAUAUAUAGAACACGUAAAAUGAAUAUUUUAAUAUGUUGUAAAAUACAAAAAUUAUAAGUACGGCCA